AUGGGGUGUCCACACCUACCAAUCACUAUCGGCAAGCACCCAAGGCAAACUAUGAAGAUUCUCACCUUUCUAAUUGCCGACUGCCCUUCCGCUUAUAACGUCAUACUUGGAUGCACAACUCUCAAUGCUUUCCAACCUGUGACUUCCACUUAUCUCCUAGCAAUAAAAUUUUUAACCGAUCAUGGGGUCGACACCAUAAGGGGAGAGCAAACCGUGGCCAGAGAAUAUUACGUCGCUUCGUUAAAGAAAGUAAGAAUAAAGGAAGCUAUGAUCAUUGAAGGUCUUGACGUCAGGGAUGAGGAAGAAUUAAUAGGGGAGAACCAGUGGAAGAUCAUCAAGGGCCAGACCAUUGCUAAUUUCAUCUUGGAAUUCAUCAAUCUUACCCCAUACAUGCUCCCCCCACAGCUGCAAGCCAUCCCUAAGACCGGCAAUCCCCAUUCGCGGGCCCUCAACAUUGACGGUUCAUCCCGAAAAGAAGGUAGCGGAGCUGGUCUGAUCCUCACCACCCCAAAGGGUGAGUACUUCAAAUGUGCCCUCCGUUUUCUGUUCGACACAAGUAAUAACGAAGCUGAGUAUGAGGCCCUGAUAGCAGGUCUUCGACUGGCUAGAGACAUUGGGGUAGACCAUAUCCAAGUGUUCAAUGAUUCCCAAUUGGUUGUUGGACUGAUUACUGGGGAGUUUGACGCGAAGGAAGAGACAAUGCGAGCAUACAGGGACAUUGUCAUUCCCCUUGUCUGCCUCUCCAAAAGUUUCCAGAUCAGGCACAUCCCCAGGUCAGAAAAUUCUUAG